AUGUCGAAACGACGUCAAAAAGAUCUUGAUGUUGAUCGAACAACUACAACCAAAGCCCCAUUUGGAGCAGCAAACAGACUGGAUCCAGAACCAAUGGAUGAGGAUAUGGGUGAAUUUGAAGAUCCAUGGGAAGAUGAACUAGAAAGUGAGGAAGAAGACAGCGGAGAUGAAGAAAUCAUAGAAGAUGGUGAAGAUGAAGAAAUCAUAGAAGAUGGUGAAGAUGAAGUUAUGGAGAAUGAAAUGUCUCUCACUGACAGUAAACCUGCAAACAGGCCCCGUGUAUAUCUCCCUGGUUAUGGGUUGGGUGAAGGCGAGGUUCUUGAACCAGACGAAUCAGCGUAUGACAUGUUACAUAGACUCAAUGUCAAGUGGCCUUGCCUUAGCUUCGACAUAAUAUCCGAUCAGCUAGGCGACAACAGGAUGAGCUAUCCGGCGACAGCGUAUAUGGUCGCUGGUACUCAAGCAGAUAAGCCAAAGAAUAAUGAGUUAAUGGUUAUGAAAUUGACACAGUUACAUAAGACGCAUAAAAAAGAUGACCCCGUAUUAGAGCAUCGGAGUAUCAAGCUUCGUGGUGGUGUAAAUCGUGUCAGAGUUACUCCACAACGCAAUCUCCAGUUCUGCGCUGCAUGGUUGGAAACCGGCAAAGUUCAUAUCUGGGAUUUGACUCUGCACAUAAAGUCUCUCGACACGCCAGGUUACACAACCCCCAAAGCAGCCCAAACCCCCACACACACGGUUGACUGUCAUUCCACUGAAGGAUAUGCUCUCGAUUGGUCUCCGUUAUCGCCUGGGAAACUUCUCUCAGGAGACAACCAUACACACAUAUACUUGACCACAAAGACAGAGUCUGGAUUUACGACCGAUCAAAUACCGUGUAUUGGUCAUGAAUCUAGUGUCGAGGAUAUACAAUGGUCUCCGAAUGAGAAGAACGUGUUUUGUAGUGCGAGUGCUGACAAGACUGUUAAAAUAUGGGAUUUGCGAGGUCAAAGAAAACCAUCGUUAAGUGUUAAGGCACAUGAGACUGACGUCAACGUUAUUUCAUGGAACAAAUCUACCACAGCUGCUCCCACCCCAGUAGCUUCAUUCAAAUGGCAUAGUGCUCCAGUGACCUCAGUGGAAUGGCAUCCUACUGAAGAGUCUGUAAUAGCUGUAUCAGGAGCAGAUGAUCAGAUUUCAAUAUGGGAUUUAUCUGUUGAAGAGGACAAUGAAGAGAGUAGAAUUAUCCGAGAUGAGAGUGGAAGCAGAAUACCUAGUCAGCUUCUAUUUAUACAUCAAGGCCAAACUGACAUCAAAGAACUACAUUGGCAUCCCCAAUUCUCAGGAAUGCUAAUAUCGACAGCUGCAUCUGGAUUUCAUGUAUUCAAGACUGUCUCUGAAUAA